AUGGGUGAAGAGAAUCAGCAACUGCAACCAGAACUCGCACUUAAACACGUAAUUCUGCAAUGGCAGAAUGCAGAGCAGCAGUUAAAACUGAGACAACUACUGCUGCAGCGCCAGCAGCUGGAGCAAAUUGGACUGCUUCGUUCCUGGGAGCACAGCGGUAAAUCGCGGGAGCAACGGGAGCACGAAAUGCAGCAGCUACUACAACUGCAGACCUCACUGCAGAUGGUACUAGAUCGCUGGCACCAUGAAUGCCGUGAAAAGCAGGCAAGCAAAGAGCGACAGAUAGGGCUCCAUCCUCAUCUACUACCCCAACUAAUCGAGGAGCAAUGGCAAUCGUUACAGCAGCAAAAUCAGCUCGUCAAACAGCCAAAGUUGCUCUUCCAGCAGCUUGGACAACGAUGGCAGCAAGAGCUAAUGCAAAAGCAACUGGCGCUACAGAGCUUGCUGCAAUUGCUACAACAACAGCAGGAGCAGCAGCAACAACAACGGCAGCACCAAGGGUGCGCAUUAACCCCACAACUACAGUUAUCGCUACAAGAGCAGCUGAAACAGCAGCUACAACUACAGUUGCAGCAAGUGCAGUUCGAGCAACAGCAACAGGAGCAGUUGCAACAGGUUCAAGAACAAGGAACUGACGCAGUGCAGCAGUUACUAGAUCAACUGAUACUUUCAGCACAAGGGGGCAAGAACAAUAAAGCAGCGGCUACAGCAGCACCAAGCAGGCCAGAUCUGGAUUCUCGACAACCAGGACGUACCGAAAAACAAAGACACAAGGACCCCCACGGUUGUUAA